GUCCCUGUGCGGAUCGUGUGCCAGGCAGGGCUGAGGACACUGCCUCUGUGACAGACGUCCCGUCCCUGUGACCCACCUGCCCGGCCGCUGUCCUGCCCCUGGAAGUGCAGAGGUGCCAGGAGCUGCCCACCGUCCCAGGACAAACCAGCAGGUUGUGGUCUCCCGCGGAGCAGACUUCCCACUGUUCCCUUCUGCGCUCGAGCUGGCGAAGGCUCUGGACCCAGACCCAUCCGCUCCCCGGGGACUGCUUCGGCCGACACUGCAUCUUGCGAGCAGGAGAGCAGGCGAGCAGCGUCAGCAAAUGGAGAUGGUAUUCAGGAGACAAGAGAGCAGUGAGGGGUUCUGUGGCCUCGCGCUCUGGUGCCGGAGGCUGUGCCCUGAGCGGCCGGGAGAAGAAGAGUACUCUGACAUUUUUUUACAGGUACGUUAUCUUAGGCGCACAAAGCCGAUUUCACAGGGAAAAGCCGGCCUUGGUCAAGGAAGCGACAUGCCUAGGGAGCGGGAGGAACAGCCAUCUCCUCGAAGCCCAUCUGACCCCCCUGUGCCCGGCCCCCUGGCCCAGGCUGAGCAGCGCGAGCAGCGCCCAGAGAAUGAUAUUGACCUCGAAGGUCUGGUGAAUGAUAUGAAUACAUCUUUGGAGAGUCUGUGCCCAUCUAGUAACAUGCAGUCCGAGACGGUGCCCCUGCGCCAGAACGGCCAGCACACCCGUGGCCAGCCGCCACCUGCAGGAGCAAGGCCCGCGGAGCCGCAGGCGUCUGCGCAGCAGAAGGUGCAGCGUUCCCAGCCCAUGCACAUCCUGGCUGUCAGUUUUAGGUUCCUAGCAAAAUUCAGAGGAAGAUACAGAGAUUUCCUGUACACUCCCCUCCCCCAUCGUCAACAUCCCCACCAGAGGCGCCUGCAGGAGGAAGACCAGCAGUUGAAAACCUCGUCGCUGCCGGCCAUUCCCAACCCUUUCCCAGAGCUCGGCAAAAAGGAGAGCUCCUCUGCGCUCGCGGCAGGCUCCGGCUCGGGCUCGGGCUCGGGCUCCGGCUCGGGCUCGGGCUCGGGCUCGGGCUCGGGCUUCCUGCCGCCUCCAAGCCAGCCCCAGCCCCCGGCGAAGACGGAUGUUAAAAUCUUCGGUGAGGACGGAACCUGCAAGGUGGUGGAGAUUCCAGUGGACAUGAAGUCCCGGGACCUGUGCCAGCUGCUGGUGUACCGCAGCCACUGCGUGGACGACAACAGCUGGACCCUGGUGGAGUUCCACCCCCACCUGGGGAUCGAGCGCUGCUUGGAAGACCAUGAGCUGGUGGCCCAGGUGGACAGCACCAUGGCCGGCGAAAGCAAGUUCUUAUUCAGGAAGAAUUAUGGCAAAUACGAGUUCUUCAAAAAUCCCACCAACUUCUUCCCGGAUCAGAUGGUCACCUGGUGCCAGCAGUCCAACGGUGGUCAGAACCAGCUCCUGCAGAACUUCCUGAACACCAGCAGCUGCCCCGAGAUCCAAGGGUUCCUGCACGUGAAGGAGCUGGGGCGCAAGUCCUGGAAGAAGAUGUACCUGUGCCUGCGCAGGUCCGGCCUCUACUGCUCCACCAAGGGCUCCUCUAAGGAGCCCAGGCACUUGCAGCUGCUGGCCGACCUGGACGACUGCAGCGUCUUCUCUGUGAUCUCCGGCAAGAAGCAGUACCACACCCCCACGGAGUUCGGCUUCUGCCUGAAGCCAAACAAAGUCCUGCAGGAGACAAAGGAGCUGCGGGUGCUGUGCGCGGAGGACGAGCAGGGCCGCAUCUGCUGGAUGACCGCUUUCCGGCUGCUCAAGUAUGGAAUGACCCUCUACCAGAACUACCGGCUCCCCCACCACAGAAAGGCGGCCUACCUGAGCUCCCUCUCCGGGCCCGUGCGCAGCGUCUCUGAGAGCUCCCUCGUGGCCAUGGACUUCUCCGGGCAGACCGGAAGAGUGAUCGAUAACCCCGACGAGGCUGAGAGCGCAGCCCUGGAGGAAGGACACGCCUGGAGGGUAAGGAGACGCAGCACCAGGAUGAGCGCCCUGGGCAGCCAAAGCCCCCUCGCCCACUCCUCCCUCAACACCGUGAUUCACAAGAGCCAGCACUGGUUCCAUGGCCGCAUCUCCAGGGAGGAGUCGCACCGCAUCAUCAAGCAGCAGGGGCUGGUGGACGGGCUCUUCCUGGUCCGCGACAGCCAGAGCAACCCCAAGGCUUACGUGCUCACGCUGAGCCACCACCAGAAAAUCAAAAAUUUCCAGAUCUUACCUUGUGAGGAGGAGGGGCAGGUGUUCUUCAGCCUGGACGACGGGAACACCAAGUUCUCCGACCUGAUCCAGCUCGUCGACUUCUACCAGCUCAACAAGGGGGUGCUGCCCUGCAAGCUCAAGCACCACUGCGUCCGCGUGGCCUUGUGACUCGCCCCGCGCGGCCCGGCGGCUGGGGCGCACCCACGUGGCCUGGUGGCCCCAGACCCGCCUGAGCUGGUGGCUGGAGGGAGAUCACACUGGAAGGAGUAGGAGGCCUGUGCAUGGUUGAAAACACACUUUGAUUCUGUACCUGGGGAGCGGAAUCGUUUCCCUUGGUGCCAACCCCCAAUAUUGGAUAGUCCUUGGAUGUAACGGUGAUUUGUGGCUCGGACCCUGCCAGCCAAAUCAGGGGCUGAAAGAGCGAGUGCUAAAUUUGAGGAAAACUGGAAGGAGCGUCCUGGCGGGGCCACGUGAGAAUCGUAGCAGUGAUUGGAAAUAAACUCUUGCCCUGGAAUAAUCUUGACAAUUGAAACUGACAUGUUUACUUUUUUGUAUUGAUCCCUUUUUUUGCACUCCUUGUUUUCAAUGUUGUAUUCAGCCCCUGGUGGCGGGGACACGGCUGUGCAGCGCAUACAAGACGGAGAGACAGUUUCAAGCGGACGGGCACACGUUGCCGACGGAGCACAGAGGUAUCGGAGGGCGGGCCCGCCUGCAGGUCACCGCAGGCGGCUUCAGCGUCCGGAGAAUCGGCACCCUCGCCCUUCCCCGUUUACCGGAAAAGCUUCUAAAAAACCCAGGCGUCGCCUGUGGUCGGCAUCGGACAGCUUCGUGGACCAGUCAGCAGCCACGUCCGUCACUCGCUCUCCACACAAGGUGCCGCGCUCGUGCUCCCAGGUGCCGUCUUCCGCAGCCAGGAGCCUUCGUUUCCGGGGACGCCCCAUGCCACGCCCGCAGGGCCGAGUCCCCCGCUGGUUGGAGACAGGCAGCUUUCUUGAGACUCUGCUACUCUCGUCUGCCCGUGGUCCGUCCGCCGGCUCACCUGCCGCCUGUUCUAGAAGGAUCACCGCCUGACCCUGCGGUGGCCUGAGUCUCUUCAUGGCUGUCCUCCCUUGGGGACUCAAGGUUCUGAUAAGAAAAUGUCACCCGCUUAGCUUCCUGCAGAGACCCGCAGGUUUCCACGGUGACACGGAUGGAAACAUUGAAAGGGCACCAUGUCUCCGCCCAGAUUUGUGAGUUUCCAUGGUGACACGGAUGGAAACCUUGAAAGGGCAUGUCCCCGCUCGGAUUGGCGGGUUUCCAUGGUGACACGGAUGGAAACAUUGAAAGGGCACCAUGUCCCAGGCCUGAUUCCUGGGUUUCCAUGGUGACACGCAUGGAAACAUUGAAAGGGCAUGUCUCUGCCCAGAUUGGCGAGUUUCCAUGGUGACAUGCAUGGAAACAUUGAAAGGGCACCAUGUUCCAGGCCUGAUUCCCGGAUUUCCAUGGUGACACGGAUGGAAACGUCAAAAGGGCAUGUCCCCGCCCAGAUUCCGGUUUCCAUAGUGACAUGCAUGGAAACAUUGAUAGGGCAUGUCCCUGCCCGGAUUGGCGGGUUUCCAUGGUGACAAGAAUGGAAACAUUGAAAGGGCACCAUGUUCCAGGCCUGGAUUCCUGGGUUUCCAUGGUGACAAGGAUGGAAAUAUUGAAAGGGCACCAUGUUCCAGGCCUGGAUUCCUGGGUUUCCAUGGUGACAAGGAUGGAAACAUUGAAAGGGCACGUCCUGGCCCAGCUUUGCGGCCUGUGCCUGAUGCCCCCGGCCUGAGACCCCGGCACGGGAGGCAGCCGGCGGCCUCUGCCGCCUCGUCCCUCACAGCAGCUGGGGACGUGGACCAGCCCCGUCAGCAGGACACUGCUUCCCGCUCCGGGGCCGCUCGGACGGUGCCCGGCCCAGAGGGGUGUCCCCAGGUCUGAGAGUGGCCGUGUCUUUCUCUUCUUUGGUCUCUGACGAGCACACAGCCCUCUGUGGUGCAAGUGAUUUUCUUGUCUAGUAGCAGUUCCGCCGUUGACUGGCCUCUGCAUGUGCCCCCCGACCCACCGCGGGGCCCCCGAAACACAGGCCGGCCUCGGGCCGCACCGUGGGUCAGUCAGUGGAGGGGAAACUGUUACUCUACAGGCCACACUCUGGUUGUUUUCUGUGCCUGUCCAUUUAUGCAGAUGAAGAAGUUUUAGUAAGACGUUUUUAGCUAUAGUUACUCAAUUGUGUUUUCUUUUUUGUACCCAGUUUAUCUUUCAUAGCCUUGACCUUAGGCGGGCCUCCAUUGUGCUGGCGGGCGCUGCCCGGACCACCGCGGGACUGACUCUGACGCCGCCACCCCUCGCUGGCUGGAGGCGACCCCUGAGCCGGGCCAGGUCCCGGCCUUUCCUGUUGAGGAGGCCAGGCCCAGCCGUGAGACGAGGCCCGCCCCCCUCCCCCGUAGAUGCUAGUGUUUGCGGCAUUUCAUAUUUAUACGCACGCGUUUUAUUUAAAGGACAGCAGGAGCCCGACUCUGACUCAGUUUCGCAUGUAGCUGUGUGCCCGGCCCUUGGCACCUUCCCGGCCUCCGUGGAUGGAUGGCGAGUGCAGGUUUGGCACAGGGCGUCCUCGCCCUGCCCGGCCGGGAGGGCCCCCCGACAGCAGCCGGUCCCUGGACGAGGCCGCGUCCACCCGCCAGCCAGGGGCUGAAGACAUUCGGCCUUUAUUUUUGUAUUUCGGUGACGUGAAUGUAAACGGGACAGCUCAGGGUCGUGGGGAGCCUGUUGGGUUUUUAUCUGCCUGUGAUUUCUUUUCUUUUCAAGUGAUACUCGUGUAACAGCCUGGGCUCAAUCGAGAAGGAAGACGCCGGUGUUCCGGGUGUCGCGCCCCCAGCCUGCUGGGGGAGAGUUCCAGGAUGCUUUUUUGUUUGCUAAACUUUGAAGAAAUAUGUGCCUCAGUCUAGAAGUCUUGUCUUCUCUCCUCUGCACGUGACACCUGGCAGUCUGACCAGCCGUCUCACCUUUCGGGGUGGGACCGGCUCGCGGGAGAGUGGGAUGUCGGCGAGCCGCGGUCCAGGCGUGCGGAAGGUGCAGGGACAAGCUCUACUCAUGUGCUUUGCUCCUCUUUGUACAUAGCUCCUCAGCUCAUGAACCUAAGUAUACACUUUCAGGUAUUUUUGUACCAAUAAGGGACUGGUGAUCUGUUUCUUGUAAUUUGAAAUAAACAUUAAUAAACAUACAGUGUUCUUCAUUUUC